AUGAGUAACUACGUGAAGAAGACGCCUGACGUCUCUGUUGAGGGUCUGAACGAUGACCACAGACCCUCAGCCACCUCAAAGUCGGAAUCGCUGUCCUCAUCAGCCAUCUCGAAAGAUGAGCUGCCUUGCCCCGAGACUGCACAUCGUCACGGGGUACCCACGUACAACGACGCGAAUCAGAUCGAGAAGGCCGAAGCCACAGCUCCAUGCUCAGAUCCAAGUCCACCGUCCAACGGCAAUGAUAACCCGUCAUCCCGCGAGGAUGCAAAGGACAAGUGCGGCUGGAGGAGGUCCUGCUGCACCAUGAUUGCGGAGACUCUGUCUCUGGGCAUCUUGUCACUCCCAGCUGCCGCUGCCGCGAUGGGCCUCAUUCCCACCAUUGUUCUAUUGAUCUCAUUCGGCUUCAUCACCACGGGGACAGGAUACUGCUAUUACCUUUACAAGGAGAAGUAUCCACACAUUCGCAGCAUCCCACAAGCCCUCGACAACAUCUUCGGAGCACCAGGACGCUGGAUCACAGACAUCAUCAUCACGGUCUAUCUCAUCCUGCUCAUGGCUGGCCAUCUGAUCCUAUUUUCGUCAUUUGUCCAAGCCUUCUCCAAACCAGAAGACGUACCGUGUCGGAUCGCCGUCAUGGGCAUUGCCUACUUCAUCAACUGUCUUUUCACCUUCUAUCGCAAAUUCGCUCGACUUGGCUAUGUCUGCGUAGCUUGCUGCUUUUCCAUAUUGAUCGCCACGUUCGUGUGUCUUGGCUACCUUGCAGCUGACAAGGACAAGAACCUGAGCUUGCCUGGUAACUACUCGGCCUUUGCGGUCACCCCCCUUGGCUUACACUAUGGCGAUGGCAAGGUCACGACCAUCUUCGGUGCCUGCGCAGCAUUCUCCAACAUUCUGCUUUCAUACAGCGGCUCGAUCUGCUACUUCAACAUCAUCGACGAGAUGAAGGAGCCCAGAGAUUUCUGGAAGUGCCUCUUGGUCACUAACGCAGCCACAAUCACCAUGUACACCAUUGCAGGUAUCGGAAUGUACGCCUUAGCAGGACAGCUCGUCGGAUCUCCGGCCCUCGACUCUGCAGGCAGUCAAGGAGCCAAGAUCGCCUAUUGCUUCGGCUUGCCCACGAUUCUCCUCGCCGCGGUCAUCCUCGCUAAUGUCAACUGCAAGCGCACCGAGGACCUCAUCUACGCAUGGCGUGGACUAGACGCGGAGGAAGCGCAUCGCUCACAGAGAAAGGCAUUCAGCGCCGUCAACGUGCUGUGGUAUGCCAUCGUCAUCAGCUGGUGGACCGUCUCCUUCAUUGUCGGCAACUCACUUCCAUUCUUCGGUCCAUUGCUCGCAGUCAUCGGCGCUAUCUCAGGAAACUGGAUCUGUCUCGGCUGGCCUGGCAUGUUCAUGCUCCACCUCUGGCGCCCAGAGGUCAUCCAGGACGAUGGAACGGAGCGCAAAUUUACACGUCAGGAGAUCAAGGAGGCUGGUGGCUGGUGGAAGUGCUAUACCACACCCAACCGGUGGAGGAAGCUCUUGGUGCCGGCUAUGAUCCUUCUGAUCGUGAUCAAUAUCGCUGCGAGCGCUCUAGGGCUGUAUGGUUCUGUCAUGCAGUUUGCCGUACUUGGCAAGGGACGCAAGCCCUUCAGUUGCGAGUAUGACUGGAAGUGA